GAAGUACCGCGCUUGCGCGCUGCAGUAACGCCUGGUGGCCUUAGCAGGUCCGCUGGCUGCUGUGUGAGGGGAGGUAGGCUGUGUGCAGGCCACUACGCCCCCCGGUGACUCGCCGCCAUGAGCAGCACCUUAGCCAAGAUCGCGGAGAUCGAAGCCGAGAUGGCUCGGACUCAAAAGAACAAGGCCACAGCACACCACCUAGGGCUGCUUAAGGCUCGCCUUGCUAAGCUUCGUAGAGAACUCAUUACCCCCAAAGGUGGUGGUGGUGGUGGGCCAGGAGAAGGUUUUGAUGUGGCCAAGACAGGUGAUGCUCGAAUUGGUUUUGUGGGUUUUCCAUCAGUGGGGAAGUCAACACUACUUAGCAACCUGGCGGGAGUAUAUUCUGAGGUGGCAGCUUAUGAGUUCACUACUCUGACCACUGUUCCUGGUGUCAUCAGAUACAAAGGUGCCAAGAUCCAGCUCCUGGAUCUUCCAGGUAUCAUUGAGGGUGCCAAGGAUGGGAAAGGCAGAGGCCGUCAAGUCAUUGCAGUGGCCCGAACAUGUAACUUGAUCCUGAUUGUUCUGGAUGUCCUGAAACCUUUGGGGCAUAAAAAGAUAAUUGAAAAUGAGCUGGAAGGCUUUGGCAUUCGUUUGAACAGCAAACCCCCUAACAUUGGCUUUAAGAAGAAGGAUAAAGGAGGCAUUAAUCUCACAGCCACCUGCCCUCAGAGUGAGCUGGAUGCUGAAACUGUGAAAAGCAUUUUGGCUGAAUACAAAAUUCACAAUGCUGAUGUGACUCUGCGUAGUGAUGCCACAGCAGAUGACCUUAUUGAUGUGGUGGAAGGAAACAGAGUUUAUAUCCCUUGUAUUUAUGUAUUGAAUAAGAUUGAUCAGAUCUCCAUUGAGGAAUUGGAUAUCAUCUAUAAGGUGCCUCACUGUGUCCCCAUUUCUGCCCAUCACCGCUGGAAUUUUGACGACCUAUUGGAAAAGAUCUGGGACUAUCUGAAGCUAGUGAGGAUUUACACCAAACCCAAAGGCCAGUUGCCAGAUUAUACAUCCCCAGUGGUACUGCCUUACUCUAGGACCACGGUGGAGGAUUUCUGCAUGAAGAUUCACAAAAAUCUUAUCAAAGAAUUUAAAUACGCUCUGGUCUGGGGUCUGUCUGUGAAACACAAUCCUCAAAAAGUGGGUAAAGACCAUACGUUGGAAGAUGAGGAUGUCAUUCAGAUUGUGAAGAAAUGAAACCUGUCCCUCUGCCGGGCCAACCACAAGAGCUUUCCCCAUGACUAAGCACCCUACCCGAGACCCCUUCUGGCUUUGGCAGCCAGUGGAUCAGGAUUCAGGGGAGGGAAAUGGAGGCACCCAAACUGGAACUUUACUUAUCUUAACUUGGUGUCACCUUGUAAAUUCAACUGCAUAAAGGACCUGGUAAGCCAGCCAGCUAUAUGCAGUUCA